UUUGGGGGAGAAUGAGGCCGGUGGCAGUUUGGUUCCAAACCGGUGCUAGUCCCGCAGGAAGGAGAAGGACUCAGUAUCUGGAGGCCUCCGCCCACCCUUCCCAUCCUCGGCUUGAUCCUCUCUGGGCCUGAGUCCAGCCCAUCUCACUCCUCCGGAAGCUGUCGCUGCCAUCUGGGUCCGGCCUGUUUCCCGGGCGUCCCCUCCCCUUCCCCCCCCCGGCCACCCACGGCUCUGGCUGCGACCCCCACCUAGCCCCGUCCCCGCAGGAUUCCUGCGGCCUCCCGCUUUGCCUCUCAGAGGGUGGGCCGAGCCCUUGGAUCUCCCCGCACCAUCUUGGUGACUUGACGAUGGAGACUUGGGAGCUGCCCAACUGCUCAAGGAGAUGCAGUUCCGCCCUCACCCACGAGAUGAGGCACAAAAAGCUCCUGAACUGAAGACGAAUUGGCAUCUCUGAUUUCAGAUUCAGAUUUCUUUGAGAAGGACCGGAGGUCCAGCCCGCGGGGAGCCCGUAAAGAUGAGCUGGAACAUCGAGCAGCUGAAUCUGAGGCUGAUGGUGGUGGCCUUCAUCUUCCUGGGCUUGGUGCUGGUGAUCGUGGUCGCCACCAACCCGCGCUGGGUCUGGCUGGGAGCCUCCCAGUGGAACAACACCAGGUUCAACAUGUCCGUCUACGGGGGCUUCUGGGAUAACUGCGACAAGACCCCCUGCUGGAAGCCCCAGCGGCUGUCGGUGUACCUCAUCUGCGCCCGGGCUCUCAUGUUUCUGAGCGCCACCUUCACCUUCCUCCUCCUCUUCGUCAUGCUCUGCUCCUUCCGCCGCAUCUUCCGACGCAUUUCCAACCUGGACCUCAUCUUCUCCAUCAUGGCCUACGUUUCAGGGCUCAGCGUGUUCCUGUCUGUCCUGCUCUUCAGCCUGCAGGUGUUGGAAAUCUUCCACAAAGAGGGAAGGCCAGUCCACUUGAUGGUGCACUUUUACCUCGCUGUCUUCGAUAUUCUCAUCUUCCUGGCUGCUGGCUCUCUGUCCCUCUACAGCCACAAAUUCACCUGGCACGGCGCCUGCCUCACCCCAGCCCCCCGGACCCUCCCUUCCCCGAUUCUGUCUGCCGAGACGUCGAAGGAGUCCAUCUUUGGCAGUUCCCGAACGGCGAGCCUGAUGACAGAAAGACAAGCUUAGCCCACCGCCCCUCAGGGCCCAGGGCCGACCAGCUCCACGAUGCGGGUCUGGGAGUCAGUGAGCUGGUACCACGGUCAACCCCUCCCUUUGAUCCGUUUGCGUCUGCUUCCGGAGAGAUCUGUGGCGGAGGAGCCCCGUCCUUGCCCACCGGCCCGCUCCUGCCUCUCUGAGAGGGGCCCCCGCUCUGCGGAGGGCGACACGGAGUCUUUCCGGCAGCUCCGGGUAGGGGAAGGGGGCCCGGUGAGGCUGCCAUCUUGGCUGGAGCGUGAGGGAGGGCCAAGGGGGAGCAGGUUUGAGGCAGCCCGCCUGGCUCCCAUCCCCCGUGAUGGCCUAGAUGACAUCAGAAGUCCAGUGACGGGACAGUCACUGGACUUCUGCAGUUUUUGUUUUUUGUCAAUAAACAGGAAGGGGACGCACCCAGGCCGUCCUCUCCCCCGUACCCCGGGAUUCCCGUCCUCCCUGGCUGGGCCGCCCUCCGGUCCUCCGGCCACUCUGACGCCCCUCCUCGGAUGGCGGGCUGCCGCUCCCUCGGUGGGCGCUACCUCCUCUCUCUGGGCCAAGGUCAGCCCAGACAGAGCCUCUCUCUCUCCCGCCGCCCUCGGUUUCCUCCUCCGCAGUCCCUGCUCCCCCUCUGGAGCACGGGCUGGGGUCAGCCCGAUCUCAUCACCACCUCCCAUCUCCCGUGCCAGCUGUCCCCUGGCUUCUUAGCACCCACGGGCACCCCUCCUUAUCCAGGUGGGUCACCUCCAGGUUCCAGUCAGACCGACUGGGGAUUAACUCUGCCCAAAGGCUGCUCCUUCCUAUCUGCCUGCCUAACCCCGGAGGGAAUGUGUUGUCCGGCCGUGAUCCUAAAGAGGCAGGAAAUGGACUUUUCCCUUCUGGUCCUGGGUGAGGGUCCUGGUCUAGAGUGAGAGAACAGGCUAUGGGAGGUUGGAAGGGCAGCAUCCUCCCCCAGGACUCCCAGAAGUGGGUGUCCCCACCCAGACCUCCACUCCCAGACCCCAAUUUGCCUUCCCCUUUCCACCCAGUGACCUCCGCCGUGUCCCGGCUCCUUCCCAACUCUGGGGUCCCCUCGACCCCCAUCCCAAAAUACUUCCUGGCCUCUCUAGGAACUAGGGUACAUAAGACAGUCUGGGGUCUGUGACCCUUCAUGGCCAGGAAGCAUUUUCUGCAGGGUCUGCUGUUCUGGGGAGGGCUGGGGUGGAGGUGGGGGAAGCUUUGGGGUUGCAGGAUUCCGGGCGGACGCUAGUGUAUCUACGGCAACUCAGAUCUCUGUCCAGGGCAGUUUUCGUGGGCUUUCUCUUUUCUAAAGUGCUUUUUCCUGCCCACACCCAUCUGCUACUCAUAAAACUCUUAAAUGAAGUGUUUUACACGUUGGAGACUUAA